AUGGCUGCUCAAAGGAAUCGCCCCGGCCGCAGCGAGCUGGUCCUGCUCUGUCUUUUCGUGGGGAUGCUGUGGGAGUCCGGAGCCCGGCAGAUCCGCUACUCCGUUCCUGAGGAGCUGGACAAAGGCUCUUUCGUUGGCAAUAUCUCCAAGGAUCUGGGGCUGGAGCCCCGGGAGCUGGCGGAGCGCGGAGUCCGUAUCGUUUCCAGAGGUAGGACGUUGCUUUUCGCUCUGGACCCACGAAGUGGCAGCUUGAUCACAGCGGGUAGGAUAGACCGGGAGGAGAUCUGUGCUCAGAUAGCAAGGUGUCUGGUGAAUUUUAACAUCCUUGUUGAAGAUCGGGUAAAGCUUUUCGGGAUAGAAAUAGAAGUAACUGACAUUAACGAUAAUGCUCCGAAAUUCCAAGCAGAAAAUCUAGACAUAAAAAUUAAUGAAAACGUCCCUCCAGGGACGCAUUUUCCGCUCCCGGAAGCAGUGGAUCCAGAUGUGGGCGUGAACUCCCUACAGAGCUACCAGCUCAGCCCGAAUAAGCACUUCUCUCUGCAAGUUCACAGCCGAGCUAAUGGAAUCAAGUAUCCGGAGCUGGUUCUGGAGCGCGCCCUGGAUCGCGAGGAAGAGGCGGUGCACCAUUUGGUCCUCACCGCCUCCGACAGGGGUGACCCUCUCAGAUCUGGCACUGCCCUUGUCAGUGUGACUGUUUUCGAUGCAAAUGACAACGCACCGGUGUUCACCUUGCCUGAAUACCUAGUAAGUGUUCCUGAGAACCUGCCUGUGGGUUCACGGCUACUGACUGUCACCGCUACGGAUAGGGAUGAAGGAGCCAAUGGUGAAGUGACAUAUUCAUUCCGAAAACUCCCCGACACACACUUGUUGAAAUUCCAGCUAAACAAAAAUACUGGAGAAAUAAAAAUAUCAGAAAAUCUAGAUUAUGAAGAAACAAACUUCUUUGAAAUAGAAAUACAAGCGGAAGAUGGGGGAGCAUACCUUGCAACUGCAAAAGUUCUGAUAACAGUUGAAGAUGUAAAUGACAACAGUCCAGAGGUGACCAUCACAUCUUUGUUUAGUCCAGUGGCUGAAGAUGCCCCUCUGGGAACUGUUAUAGCUCUUUUACAUGUACAUGAUCUAGACUCUGGGCAGAAUGGACAAGUCACCUGCUCCAUCUCAGGGAAUCUACCAUUUAAAUUAGAAAAGUCCAUUGACAGCUAUUAUCGAUUGGUGACUAACAGAGCCCUUGACAGGGAACAGGUAUCCCGUUAUAAUAUCACUGUAACAGCCACAGAUGGGGGAAGUCCAGUUUUAUCAACGGAAACUCAACUCACCCUGCUUGUGGCAGACAUCAAUGACAACCCGCCCACUUUCUCUUAUGUCUCCUACUCCACCUAUAUUCCAGAAAACAACCCCAGAGGAGCCUCCAUCUUCUCUGUAACUGCACAUGACCCUGACAGUGAAAAGAACUCCCAGGUCACUUACUCACUGAUUGAAGACACCAUCCAGGGGGCGCCCCUGUCCUCCUAUGUCUCCAUCAAUUCAGACACUGGCAUCCUGUAUGCUCUGCAAUCCUUUGACUAUGAGCAGUUUCGAGAGUUGCAGAUGCAGGUAAUGGCAUGUGACAGUGGGGACCCACCACUCAGCAGCAAUAUAUCACUGAGCCUCUUCGUGCUUGACCAGAAUGAUAAUGCACCUGAGAUCUUAUACCCCACCCUGCCCACUGAUGGCUCUACCGGUGUUGAGUUGGCACCCCGCUCUGCAGAGCCUGGUUACCUGGUGACCAAAGUUGUGGCUGUUGACCGUGACUCAGGACAGAAUGCCUGGUUGUCCUACCGCCUGCUCAAGGCCAGCGAGCCAGGACUCUUUGCCGUGGGGGUGCAUACAGGCGAGGUGCGCACUGUGAGAGCCCUACAGGACAGAGACACACUCAAGCAGAGCCUUCUGGUGGCCGUUCAGGACCAUGGCCAGCCCCCACUCUCAGCCACUGUCACACUUACUGUGGCUGUGGCAGACAGUAUCCCUGAUAUCCUGGCUGAUCUGGGCAACCUCGAACCACCUGCUGACCCUAAUGCUUCGGACAUCACCUUGUAUCUUGUGGUGGCUGUGGCCACAGUCUCAUGCGUUUUCCUCGCCUUUGUUAUCGUACUGAUGGCGCUCAGACUGCGACGCUGGCACAUGAAGCGUCUGCUCCAAACUCCUGAAACUGCUUUACCACACCUGCAAGCUUCACAGUUUAUGGGCAUGGAUGGAGUACAGGCUUUCCUGCAGACCUAUUCCCAUGAGGUCUCCCUCACUGCAGACUCUGGGAAGAGCCACAUUAUCUUUCCACAGCCCAACUAUGCAGACACGCUCAUCAGUCAAGAGAGCUGUGAGAAAAAGGAUCCUUUAUCAUUGUUAGAUGAUUCAAGGUUUCCUAUAGAAGACACACCUUUGGUUCCAGUGAUAUGCAGAGAGAGAAGAAUAUGUGAGUUGCAGUUGGAAGCUGUGGUGGAAAAUCCUUUAAAUAUUUUUCAUGUUCUUGUGGUUGUUGAGGAUAUUAAUGACCACGCCCCUCAAUUCCGUAAGGAUGAAAUAAAUUUAGAAAUCAGUGAAUCUGUCACUCCAGGAAUGAGAACAAUUCUUGAGUCUGCAAAAGAUCCCGAUAUUGAUACGAAUUCACUGAGCAAAUACCAAUUAAGUCCUAAUGAGUAUUUCUCCUUGGUGGUGAAAGACAAUCCUGAUGGUGGCAAAUAUCCAGAAUUAUUAUUGCAGAAGACUCUGGACCGGGAAAAGCAGAGCUCUCACCACUUAGUACUGACUGCCUUCGACAGUGGGGACCCGCCCCGCAGCGGCACCACACAGAUCCGUGUCCAAGUAGUCGAUGCUAAUGAUAACCCCCCUGUGUUCAGUCAGGACGUGUACAGGGUCAGCCUGAGGGAAGAUGUGCCCCGGGGCACCACUGUACUGAGGGUGAGGGCCACCGACCUAGAUGAGGGCGUCAACUCAGAGAUCACCUAUUCCUUUCUUGGUGUGGCUGACAAAGCCCAACACGUGUUUUCUCUGGACUCCACAACGGGAGAUAUUACAACUAAUCAGUCCUUGGAUUUUGAAGAAGUAGAAAGAUACACCAUGGGGGUGGAAGCGAAGGACCCGGGAUCUCUUUCUACACAGUGUAAAAUUAUUAUAGACGUUCUGGACAAAAACGACAACAGCCCCGAAAUAAUAAUCACCUCUCUGUCUGAUCAGAUUUUGGAGAAUUCCCAUCCUGGAAUGGUGGUAGCCCUCUUCAAAACACGGGAUCGGGAUUCUGGGGAAAAUGGAGAAGUUUUAUGUCAUAUAGGACGAGACGUUCCUUUCAGGAUUCAUUCAUCUUCUAAAAAUUACUACAAGAUAGUAACUGACGGGGCUUUAGACCGGGAGCAGACCCCAGAGUAUAAUAUCACCAUCGUGGCCAGUGACAGGGGCAAGCCUCCCCUCUCCUCCAGCACAAGUCUCAUCCUGCAAGUCGCCGACGUUAACGACAAUGCCCCGGUUUUCCGACAGUCCCCCUACGUGGUCUCUGUGCCUGAAAACAACCCUCCUGGCGCCUCCAUAGCGCAGGUCGAAGCGUCGGAUCCAGACCUGGGACCGAAUUGCCAAGUAUCCUACUCCAUCGUGGCCAGCGAUCUGGAACCGCGGAUGCUUUCGUCCUAUGUAUCUGUGAAUGCGCAAAGCGGGGUGGUGUUCGCGCAGCGCGCCUUUGACCACGAACAACUGCGCGCCUUCGAGCUGACACUGCAGGCGCGUGAUCAGGGCUCGCCCGCGCUCAGCGCCAAUGUUAGCCUGCGCGUACUGGUGGGCGAUCGCAAUGACAACGCGCCCAGGGUGCUGUACCCGGCGCUGGGACCCGACGGCUCGGCGCUCUUCGACAUGGUGCCGCGGGCGGCACAGCCAGGCUACCUGGUCACCAAGGUGGUGGCUGUGGACGCAGACUCGGGACACAACGCCUGGCUGUCCUACCACGUGUUGCAGGUCAGCGAGCCCGGGCUCUUCAGCCUAGGGUUUCGAACAGGCGAGGUGCGCACCGCUCGCGCCUUGAGUGACAGGGACGGGUCCCGCCAGCGCCUGCUGGUCGCUGUGCGAGAUGGAGGUAAACCACCUCUCUCUGCCACAGCCACAUUGCUCUUGGUUUUCGCAGACAGUCUGCAGGAGGCGCUGCCGGACCUCAACGAUCAACCCACUGUCUCUGACCCUCAAGCCGACUUGCAGUUCUAUCUGGUGGUGAGCUUGGCAGUGAUCUCCGUGCUCUUCCUCCUGGCGGUAAUUCUGGCCAUCUCACUGCGCCUGAGACGUUCCUCCAGCCCCGCCGCCGGGGGCUGUUUUGGGUCUGUUCUCUGUGUCAAAUCUGAUCUUGGGGUUCCUCCCAACUACAGUGAGGGAACACUGCCCUAUGCCUAUAAUAUGUGUGUACCUGGGGAUCAAGCUAAUCCAGAAUUUCACUUUCUCACAUCUGUUGAUCAUUGUCCAGUCACCCAAGAUAGUGUCAGCAAAAAUGGCUCCUCAAUGCUAUUGGCUAGCAUUUUAACACCCAGUGUUGAAGCAGAUAAGACCUUUCAACAGGUAAGUUUUUGA